AUGAUGGGCUCUUUCAGUGUUGGGCUGGCCAUUAGCGACGUGAUGGGCUCUUUCAGUGUUGGGCUGGCCAUUAGCGACGUGAUGGGCUCUUUCAGUGUUGGGCUGGCCAUUAGCGACGUGAUGGGCUCUUUCAGUGUUGGGCUGGCCAUUAGCGACGUGAUGGGCUCUUUCAGUGUUGGGCUGGCCAUUAGCGACGUGAUGGGCUCUUUCAGUGUUGGGCUGGCCAUUAGCGACGUGAUGGGCUCUUUCAGUGUUGGGCUAGCCAUUAGCGACGUGAUGGGCUCUUUCAGUGUUGGGCUGGCCAUUAGCGACGUGAUGGGCUCUUUCAGUGUUGGGCUGGCCAUUAGCUACGUGAUGGGCUCUUUCAGUGUUGGGCUGGCCAUUAGCGACGUGAUGGGCUCUUUAAGUGUUGGGCUGGCCAUUAGCUACGUGAUGGGCUCUUUCAGUGUUGGGCUGGCCAUUAGCGACGUGAUGGGCUCUUUCAGUGUUGGGCUUCAGAUUGAACGGAGUUUGGCGUCUGCUUUCAGUUUUAAUCUUGGCACUUUAAUUUCUUUCAAGAAAGCGAGACAAGAAACUGUCAGAGGACACGAUUUAUUCUGUCUGAGGUCACGAUUCAUCCUGUCUGAGGUCACGAUUCAUCCUGUCUGA